AUGGACAGCGCCACCGCGUCUCCAGAGCCCGAGUCGCGUCGACGAUCCGGACGCGUCGUUAAAGCUCCUACUAAAUACGCGCCGGAACCGACAGCGGCAGCGCCCAAGCGCAAGCGGAACGACGAUGAGGCGGAGGACGACCAAGGGGUUGCGAAUGGUGACGUGGCCUCGGACGAGGACAUGAGCGACGCUGCGAGCGACGCUGACAGCGAUCACGACCAUCCUGCGCCGAAGCCGCGAAAGGCGCAAACCAGCCGCGCAAAGAAGCCAAGCACCAAGAAGCCCAAGAUCAACGGCUCCCGGCCCGCUGCAUCGGGGGCUAUUGCGCGCAUUCCUAGUCGACCCAAGAAGACGGUUCGCAUCGACCCAGGAGAGAAAGGAACCGGUCUGUUUGCCGACAUCUUCGCAUCUGGUGAUUCUCCCCAGUUUGUUGCCCAACAAUGGCUCGAAAAGUACAGGGAGAGCGAUGCGGCUGCACUUGGCGAUCUCAUCAACUGUAUCCUGCGAUGCGCGGGCUGCGAUUUGGAGGUGACAGUUGAUGACAUUCGUGAUCCGGAGAAUAUCCCGAACCGACUGUUGGAUCUGCAGAGUGUGUAUCAAGAGCAACAUAUCGUCGACUACCCCUUGGUUGCCAGAGCCAAGGGCACACGAUCAUUCCGAGAUCUGCUCAUCACAUUCUUCCAGGCUCUGAUUGGUCUGCUACACGAGACCGAUGUCAUGUACAAGGACGUAGACCUCGUCGACAAUCUCCAUGCUUGGUUGGCCAGCAUGUCUUCUUCGCCGCUACGGCCUUUCCGCCACACGGCAACGACCAUUGCUUUGGCUGUGCAAUCCGGGCUUGUUGAGGUUGCCAGUAUCCUCGACAAACGCAUUGCCAGCAUUGAACAACAGUCGCAGGCUGCGAAGCGAGGCAAAAACAAGGGCAAGGCGGACGAAAUCCAACGCAACUUGUCCGAGGCAAACAACUAUCGAAAGAUCUGUAACGAUGCUAUUCAGUCCUUCUUCGACACCGUCUUCGUCCACCGAUAUCGUGAUGUUGACCCAAAGAUCCGGGUAGAAUGCGUUGAUGCUCUCGGAAUCUGGAUAUGGAACCUGCCAACAGUCUUCCUAGAAGCUGGCUACCUACGUUACCUGGGCUGGAUGCUGUCUGAUACCAACGCUGGAACUAGACAAGAAGUAUUGAAGCAUCUUAGCAAAUUGUUCAAACGUGAUGCACACGGGAUGGGUCACUUCAUCGACAGAUUCCGGCCCCGAUUGAUUGAGAUGGCAACAAUCGACGCUGAUGUGUCCGUCAGAGUUACUGCCAUAUCUGCCAUUGACGCGCUGCGAGCGGCUGCCAUCCUUGAGCCCAACGAAAUCGAUGCCAUUGGAAGACUCAUCUUUGAUAGCGAAAUCAGAGUGCGCAAAGCUGUUGUCGGUUUCUUCGUUGCCUGCAUCGACGACGUAAUCGAGGGCAAGAUUGAGGAGAUUGGUGGCUCCGAUGCCCUGGAAGAGUUGGAUCUCGCUGAAGAAGACAAUUAUGAAGCGCCAAGAAGAGACUGGCUCAACUUGAAAUGUCUGGCUGAAACCCUCACAAUCUAUGAUGCGCAGGUUGAAGAAACCCAACAGACAGAAGGAUCGCCGUUGGAUCUUGACGUUGACUUGCUGGAAAGCGCCGUGCCCGACACGAGGAUUUCGCUGGCAUCACAAGUCCUCUACGACAGAAUCUCAGAAAUCAAGUCCUGGGAGAUUUUGGCUGGCUAUCUCCUGUAUGACCACACGACGAGUACCAAGUCCAAAUCAAGAUCAAAGUCAAAGGGUAAUCCCUCAGAGGAUGCGUUCAAGAAGGCGGUUGCACCCAGUUCUGAGGAAGAAAAGAUUCUCCUUGACGUUCUAAGCUCCGCUAUCAAGUCGAGUUUGCUGCAGCACUCCGAACAUGACAAGAGCAAGAAGCGUGGUCCCCGUACCGAAGCCGCCGAGGCUCAGGAGGAAUUGGCCUUGGAAUUGGCGACCAACAUACCAAAAUUGCUGAGCAAGUAUGGCGCAGAGCCCGAGACGGCGGCCAUCGUCCUCCGGCUGGAGCGCUAUCUCAAACUGGAUGCUUUCCAGCAGCUGCGACAAGACUCUAGCAUAUACGAAAAGCUGCUGGAUGAAGUUAUUACGCAGUUCAACAGACACGACGAUAAGAGAGUCUUGGCUGAGGCUGCAGCAGCUUUGUUACAUGCUCGGCAAUAUGCGGAGCUCGAAGAAAUGACGGAUACCAAACUCUCCGUUCUCUGGGAGGUGGUCAUCAAUUCUCUUCGAAGCUUUGACACAACAUGUGAGCUCACUGCAAGAGGAAACUUGGAAGAGGCACCGCUUCAGGAGCUGUCAACUAUCUUGAUGAAGAUCAGCAAACUGGCUAGUAUCUCAGACUGCGUCGAUGUCCUCGAGAUUGCUCCUUCAAAGGGUGGCUCCACCUCUCCGGCAAUUCAGAUCCUGGUCAACAUUGUUCACAGAGGACAGUAUGAGGCUCAAGAGGACGAUAUUGAUAAUCUAGAAGACGAAGUAGUCACGCUGGCAAUUAAGGCCUGCCAGUUCUAUUUCAUGUGGAAGACGCGCAACCUAUCGCAGCAGCUAUCUUCUGGCUCUGGCAUCGCCGAUGAAGAACUUGAUAGCCUGUCAGUUCUGCGGCAAACUUACCGGAAGCACCUGAUAGUGACAUUCUCAUCUCGGGCUUCCGUUGACCAGCUCCGCCUUUUCGCAACCGGUAGUCUUUGCGAUCUGCAUCUAACUUUUGCAACGUUGCGCCCUGUGAUUAGCAACUUCCGUCCCUCGAGUUCCGCAUCAAAAACAGGUGGCAAUGAAAGGUUCAAAGUACUACUUCAGCAAAUAGAGCCCGGCCUCAUCUCUGAGCUAACGUCCAUAUAUGACGGUGCUGAGAAGCAGUAUGCAAAGAAGGCCAAGAAAGACAGGGUACUAAACGAACCGGCCGAGGAUGAGGAUCCUGUUGAUGACGAAGAGGAGUCUGACGAGGAAGACGAGGAUGAAGGCUUGUCGAAAGAAGAACGCUUCGCCGUCGAGCUCAAGGCUGAAAAAGCCCUAUGUGAACUGACAGCCAAAUACGUUCUUGCCAUCACGGCAAACCUGAUCGAUCCCAAGGGCAACAAUGUCAACAAGCUCAAGCGACGAUUACAGCGCAACGAGACCAAGCUGGGCCACAACUUCAAAGAGGUUGUUGCCUAUCUCGACGAGGAGAAGAUUGCCAAGCGCAACAAGAAGCCCGCCAAGGCGGCUCCGGCAGAGAAGCCGCAGAAGCCUGCCUUGAGCACUGAAACUGUUCAUGAUGAGGACGAAGAUGAUAUUUUUGAGGAUGUGGAGCCGGAAGAGGGCUCGAGAGAGGACCUUCGGCGGAGAGGGCUGCUGGAUGACCCUAUUGAGGACGAUGACGAUGAGGAAGAGCACGAAGAUGCUGAUAAGAUCAAUAACGACGACGACGACGGUGUUCUUGGAGAUUGA